AUGAUUUGCAACGUUUCUUUCCGCAGUAUGAAGUUGCUUACAAUACUGAGCUUCUUCUCUCUCCUGGAUUUCGGAAAUGCAAGGAUCAUUCCAUUUGGAGAAACCCCAAAUUUUCUCCAAUUCGAACUCACAUUAACUUGGGAGGAUGCGGCACCGGACGGCACAGUUAGGAAAGCCAUCCUGAUGAACAAUCAACUGCCCGGCCCUACUCUGCGAUUGAAACAGCACGAAAGUGUACAGUUUUUGGUCCGUAACUUAUUACCAGUGUCAACCGCCAUACAUUUCCAUGGAAUCGACCAGUUGGGUACCCCGUGGUCCGACGGUGUGCCAGGCCUCUCGCAGCGGGCAAUUCAGCCUGGAGAGAGCUUCAUGUACAGAUGGACGGCAAAUUCGUAUGGAAGUUAUUUUUAUCAUGCCCACUCCAGAGGCCAGCUAAUGGACGGACUGUUUGGUGCCAUCUACGUCGAACCAUCGAAUAUUCAAGAGCGACCUUUCAAACUGAUUUCCAGUGAUGAAUCCAAAGUCGAAGCUAUGCUUCAGGCAGAAAGACAGACAAGGCCAUUGAUACUUUCCGACUGGAGGCAUCUAACUUCUGAGCAAGUUUGGGAAGCCGAAGUGGCCUCAGGGCUGGAUGCGCCUUGUGUGAAUUCUCUGCUCAUUAACGGAAAGGGCUCGGUGAAUUGCUUUGAUCAAAACUUCAUUAAUCAAAUGACAUCGCCUGCAGUAAAAGCCCUUCUUCAAGGUAAUAACCUUACAGAUAUUGCAUGCCCGCCGCCGUUUAUUACGAAUCUCGAAGGAUCAUAUGGCCCGGUCAACUAUAGCGCAAUCCCCUUCGGGCUGUUUUCUGGCUGUAGAGCCUCUCAAGGCAGAACCGAGGUAUUCAACAUAGAUCCUUCUGAGAAAUAUGUGAGCUGGGAUAUCAUCAGCGCAUCGGGCACCAAGUUCAUGAUCUUCUCUAUCGACCAGCACUCGAUGUGGAUAUAUGCGAUCGAUGGUCACUAUAUUGAUCCGAGUCAGGUAGAUGCUAUCAAGAUUGCAACUGGCAGCCGAUACUCGGUUCUUGUGGAGCUCAACAAACCCGCAAAUAGCUAUGCUAUGCGGGUGGUAGAUGCCGGGAUACAAAUUGUGAACGCGACAGCGGUUCUAUCAUAUAAGAGAAACCCGCUGGACCCCACGACUCUAGGUGAUAUGAUCGCCCCAUCAGAAACUCCGCAUAUUGAUGUAACCGGAGCUGCGACAUCCGAUAGUGUGGAAUUUUCAAACGAAUUCGGAUUUGUUCCAUAUCCUGAUUGCAAACCCCCCCUUCUAUUUAAUCGCACAGCCAUUACCGAUAGUGACCUAAGAAUCAUCACUCGGAACGGAACAUGGGUCGACAUUAUCAUUACCAACCCGCUCCUUGGGCAACCCACUCACGCAAUCCAUAAACACUCUAACAAAUUCUACGUUAUUGGCCACGGAUUUGGAGACUGGAACUACACGUCAGUCGCUGAGGCAAUGGAGUUCAUUCCAGAUAAUUUUGACUUGCUGAGUCCGCAGCUUCGGGAUACGUUUGUCGUCGAGGGAACACGUGCGGGACGUAGUUGGCUAGCCAUCAGGUAUCAGGUGGUAAACCCAGGAGCUUUCAUCAUUCAUUGUCACAUUCAGCCGCAUUUGAGUGGUGGAAUGGCUAUGGCGAUUCUGGACGGAGUGGAUGCCUGGCCUCAGCUUCCUCCGUAUCAACUCACCGCGCGCUGA